CGGUCGUUAGUGCAGCUGAGGCCCUCAAGCAUUAUAAAUAUGAAGCCAAUCCAUUACAAUUCAUUGCAACCAGGUAAUUCUCCAGAAUACUAACAGGUUUUAUAACGAAGAUGCAGGUUUUCCAGGUGCUCUCUCUGACGCUGCUGUCCGUCAUGGCAGCCAACGCUCAGGUGUUUGUGUGGGGGAAGUGUCCCAAGCCCGCCGUCCAGGAGAACUUUGAUGCCACUCAGUACUUGGGAACGUGGUACGAGAUCACGAAGCUGCCGACCAUUUUCCAGAAGGGGGAGUGCGGCACGGCCACCUACAGCGAUAAGAGCCCCGGGGUGGUGGGAGUCCUCAACAGAGAGCUGCUCGCCAACGGAAGCAUCAACGCCAUUGUUGGAUCUGCCAAGGCGACGGACCCGACUGUGCCCGCCAAGCUUGAGGUUUCCUUCUUCGAGGGCUCUCCCCCUGGCGACUACUGGGUGCUGUCCACCGACUACACCGGCCACGCCCUGGUGUUCGGCUGCAGCCAGUUCGGUCCCGUGAGCGCCCAGUUCUCCUGGAUCCUGAGCAGGGAGCCCACCAUGCCCGAGGAGACCCUCGCCGACCUCCAAGGCAUCCUGGCCUCCGCCGGGGUCAAGGUCGACAAGAUGGUGGCCACCGACCAGGACCUGGCCCUGUGUGCCGCCAUGGAGCAGUAAGCUCCCCCCCGGUAGGCGCUGACCCACGGCCCCGGACGCCCCGCUGUGCUCUCAGCCUGCUCGUCCCGGCUCGGAUCACCUCCCACGUUGAUGGUUCGCGACCACUUCUUAUCGCGUGUAAAGUGUUUCAUUUGAUUGGCUUGCUUGCUCGGUUAUCCCAUGGAAAGUGUUUAAAUUGUUGUGCAAAAAUAAAUGCAAUUAAACCUGGAUAAAAAAAC